UAGUCGCCCAUCAUAAUGGAUACCCAUUGUAUAUUUUGUUAUUAAAAUAAUAGUAAAUACUAUUGUAUUUCUAUGGACGAUAUAUGUUCAAGUAUAACCUCUGUGACUGUAAUUAAUAUAUUUAACUGUUUAAUACACAACAUAGUGCAGUCGGAGAGACAACACGACGUACAUUUUUAAAGGCUAUUUUUUUUAAAAUUUGAGUUAUUUUUUAAUUUUAUAUUGAAUUAAUUGCACCAUGAAUUACAAUAAACCAGAACCGUUGUCGUUGACGGGCAACUUGGUAGAAAACUUGCGUGUUUUUCGGGAAUCGUAUGAUAUCUACAUGGAAGAAACUGGACUGGCGACAACAAAUAAUGAAACAAAAGUCAGUAUUUUACUUCAUUUCGUUGGUAAAGAAGGCCUUGGUCUUUAUAAUACAUUUGUGUUUGAAACCCCAGAAGACUCUAAGAAAAUUGAUAGUGUAAUAGAAGCAUUUGAAGAUUAUUGCAAACCGAUAAAAAAUAUUUUGCAUGCCAGAAAUGUUUUUUACAAGAGAUAUCAAAAAGAAAAUGAAUCUAUCGAAGAAUUUUUUUCUGCGGGUAAAACCUUAUUUGAAGAUAGUGAGUUUGGGUCAGAAGAUGAAACGGUCUUACGAGACAAAAUAGUAAUGGACACUACUGAUGCUAAUACUCGUAACCGUCUAAUUGAAAAAGGUGAUGUCACUUUGAAUGAAGCUGUAGAAGCGCUGCGUAUUGCUGAGGUACAAUGUAGGGAGCUCGAGCAAAUGCAGCUGGAUGAAGAAGCAGGAAAUGUAGUGGGUGUCGUUCAGUUAAAGAAGGAAGUUGGCAAUGUUAUUGAAAAAACUACCAAAAUUGAUGGAUCUAAGUAUAAAAUUGAUGACGAUAAUUUAAAAACCGAGUAUGUUAUCAAAAACGUAAUAUCAAUUUUAAACAAAAUUACUCCGGAAAAUAAGGAAUCAUUGACUGAAGAUUUUAAUGCAUUGCUUAUCGAUUCACACGAACAUUUAGAAACAAUAAUAGAUAUAGUAUUUGAAAAGGCAAUUGAAGAAUAAAGCUUUGCUCCUCUGUGUGCAUCUUUGUGCCAUGCUGUACAAGGUAUGCAAGUUCAAAAAGGUGGCAAAACCACUUCAUUUAAAAGAGGUAUCAUUAGUAAAUGCCAAAGUAUUUUCGAAUUGGAUUCUGCUAAAAAACUUGCAGAAAUAAAUACUUUUACAGAUCCUAAAAAGAAAAAGGAACUUCAAACAGAAUUUGAAGAAAAUGUGAGAAGGCUGAGUAAUGAAGGAAAUUGUAGGAAAUUGCUGAUUUAUUGGCGAGUUAUUCAAACAAAAAAUUCUUUCACCAAAUAUUAUGUUAUAUUGCAUAAAGAAUUUAGUAGGUAAACAUGAUGAAGAUUCAUUAAAAUGUUUAUUCACUUUGUUAAAGGCUGUUGGAAAAGAGUUAGAACGAGUAAGUUAAUUUUUUUGUAAUAUAUUAAAAAACUGUUAUAAAUUAAAGCGCAAUAUUUGUAAUUUACGUGUGGCAGUGUAACACAUUUUGAAAUUAAAAUUUACAUUAUUCACUGAAUGCUUAUAAUUUUGUAUAAAUGUAUUGUUUUUUAGAAUUACAAUUUAAAUGAAAUUUUUGAUAAAUUAAAACAAUUAUCUUUUGAAAAAAAGAAAGCAAAAAUUCCCGCGAGGAUACGAUUUAUGAUCCAAGAUGUUUUACGUUUAAGAAAGGAUAGAUGGAUACCUAGAAAAUCGCAACAAGAUAAUCAUCCUAGUGCUGAUCGGUUGGGUAAUUUAGCUCUUUAUUAUAGAGCAGAUGUAAAUAAAUUAUAUUUUUACUUUAUUUAAUAUGUUAUUUCAAAUAAUCACCAACCAGGUCUACCUAACCAGGUAGGUUGAAGAGUAUAAGUGUUGAACUCAUUCUUCCUUUUACUUUCAAAUUUAUAAAAAUAAGAUUUAAAAUACAAAUUUUAAUUGUUAAUCAAUUUUUUAUUUAUGACCUUUCGAAUUCAGUUAUUUUAAAUCUGAAAAUAUGUGUAUACAGUGUUUUUGUUGAU